UUGGCAAAAACGGUACCGAGAAAUCAGUCGAAAAAAAAAACAACAGCUCGCUAGAGGCCGUGUGCGUGUGUUGUGUGGUGUAAAGAGUUGAUGUGAUUUCGAGCUUUACCCCAGAAGGGAAAUCUAGAUGUGUGGUGACUUUUAACCCGUAAAGGAAUGUGUUUUUGGGAAAUGCGCACGGUUGCCAGUCGUCUGCUGUUUUGAGGUUGAAUGUUGCGAUUAGUGUUUCUCUUGCAAAGUAAUAGUUUCUCCCUGGUAGUGUGUUCAGCGAACAGCGUGAACGAAACCACGCCACUGUAAAAGACAACGCACUGUGCACUGUGAACCCCCGAAGAGUCGUAUCCCUUUAAUCGAACGCCACGCGAAUGCUAUGUACUCGAAGGAUCGGCAUCUGGUGUGGGUCCUGCUAGUGACAGCAGGCGCCCAGCUGCUAGUGCGAUGCUGCAAUGCUGCCGAGCACGUGCCCGGACCGAGCGGACGAAAGUUAAGCCACGGAUUGGCCGCCAUGCACCACAACCAUCUCGGGCUGCCAUCGGGGGACGGUUCGAGCGAAAGCGUAAAAUUUAGCGCCAACCGUGUACCGCAGCACGUGCCGUAUGCUGUGCCGGCGCCCUGGCGUAGGACGGCAACCGUCAGCACACCGCUUGCUGGUGGGCCCUGGGCGGUACGAAAACCGCUGGCGAAACCGUUGGUACGGGGUGCGGCCGGUGGUAGUCGGAGCCGCAUCAACAAUCGGUCAAUGACUCGCUUUUCCGAGGUCGAAAUUUCACCGGGGCUGGAGCAGCAGCUAGACGUGCCGGAACUGCAGCGACCGUCCGAGGUCCGUGGCAGUCGGCUCGAUGAGGGUACGGGUGGGCUGGUGGAGCUGUAUCGCAGUGCCGAACGAUCGCGCGGGAUCGAGAACCUCUUCUGGAAGUACUUUGUCGAUAAUGAUGUUUCCGCCUCCACCGAAGACGAGGGCGAUGACAACACCGGCGCUGAGGAUGCUGAGCCACCCGGUGGAAUCGACAGGAACGCCAUCGACACCCAGGACGGUAGCGUGUCGGCGAAGGAGGAGGAGGGCCGCAAGAAGAAGUUCCAUCUGAAGAAGAAGUACAAAAAGUUUCUGAUUCCGCUGCUGCUCGCGUACAAGAUAAAGUUCCUUGCAUUGGUUCCGGCCAUCAUCGGCGGGCUGAUACUGUUGGUGAAGUCGGCCGGGCUGGCCGGGUUCUUCUUCGCCCUCUUUACGGCCGUGGUCAGCUUGAAGAAGUACUGAUGGCGAUGAAGCAGCACUGUCAUCACGCAACCGGUGGGGCGUUUAGGCCACACUGGAGGGAGGAAAGGCGUGUCGGCGAUCGUCACAUCGCGAUCGUAGGGGCAGCCGAGGGAACACUAACGCGACUUCGGGCGCCACCUGAAUAAGAGCGUCGCGAGCGAGAGCGGGGAUGGCGAGUCGCAUGCAUCCCUCUAAUUUAUUAUCGAUUUCUGUAGGCUUAAUAGGCAGGACCGGCAAAGGGGUGACGACCCUGGACAGUCGUUGGUAACUCCCGCCCCUCCAUCCAAGAAGUGAUCCAGACGGCGUCAAUUAGAAAAUAGCAAACGCAUUGCGUAGUGUGUAAGCAGAGGGUGCCGCCCGGUGGGCCAGUGUAGCUGAUGAAAACGCGAGCCUCCCGAAAUGGGGACGGUAAGGGCACUGGUAGCCACUGGUGCAAAGGUUUGCAUGCUAUUUCGGCGAUUUCCUUUUGUUCGGAAAGAGAUACAUUCCGGCAAAGGGUUCGCUCGUGGAAGGAAACGUUUUAAGGGGAGGUAAAAUUGUUAGGUUAGGUUAGGUACGGCUUAGAGGUCGAGGUUUUUUUUUAAAUAUUUAUCCCUGUAUACGAAGAAGCGGUAGCGUACACCCGCCCAAAGGGAAACUAGGUUGAUGCGAAACGUUAUGUGCGUUCCAGCACCCCGCUUUCCCCUCCCACCUCUAUGUAAUGUAAGCGUAAGCAAAACUGCGUGGAGCGCGAAAGAAAAGUGUAGAUAAUUAAAACUGAAACCAAAUUGUGUCUGACAU